AUGACCACUGUUAUAUCACGAAAUGUAUUUGAGAGAUCACUCAAUUCUCCAAACACUUCAAGUACUAUCAGCACUCCCAAUGCAAUACUUUCCAAUUUCAUACCUCAUUAUGCGCAUGAUCAUGAUCAACAACAGCAACAACGACAUUACUCUCACCAUUCUCAACAUUCCAACCACCAUUCUCAACAACCACAUUCUCAACAACACACAAGUGAUUUGAUUCUUCCAAGUCAUGAACAAGAUCCAACAAUCACACAUUCACACACCAUCCAUAGCAGUAGUAGUAAUGAUCAGAACAUUAAUAACAACAAUUCUUCCAUUCAACUACCACCCUCUACUCCAACGAAAAAACCCUUCUAUCAAAGAGGCAUAUUCAAACUCUUUUAUGCGUUCAUUUUCAUAUUCAGAAUUGUCAUCUUUUUAUUUAAAUUCUUUUAUUCUUAUUUGAAAUUAGUGAAACAUCAAAACAAACAAAAACAACAUUGUAAAGUAUUAUUAGAAGACAAAGUCGAUAACUACAAUGAUUAUAAGCAAAUAGCAUUGUAUUUAGAUCAAUUAGAAGGAUAUGAUUUAUGGAAAUCUGAAAAUGAAACCAAACUCUAUGAUUUUGAGCAAUUAGAAAAUUUAAAUUAUCAAAUGAUGGCCAUGUUAAGAAAAAAAGAUAUUCAUGGUCUACAAUGGUUAUUGAGAGCUGAAUUACAUCGCAAUAUUGCUGGUAUUAACAAUAUUCAACUCUAUGAAUGUCAUACUGGUACUAAACAACUCAUUGAAGAAUAUAUUGAAUUAGUCUCAAAAUCAUGUCAUCUCAUUCGAGAGAGUGAUGAAUUAUCAUUGGAAGAGAAGUUGAAAUUCUUUAGAGAUACUUGUCAUGCAUUUGGUAGAAGUGCCUUGCUCUUGAGUGGAGGAGGUGGAUUAUCCAUGUAUCAUAUUGGUGUGGUCAAAUCACUCUAUGAUUCUCAAAUUUUACCCAAAGUCAUUAGUGGUAGUAGUGGUGGUAGUAUCAUUGCUGCUGCUCUCUGUACGAGACGUGAAGAAGACUUGGCCAAAUGUUUUGAACCUGGUUCAUUCAAAUUAGAAGCCUUUGGUGGUAGUGAUGAUACUCCAGAACGAUCAGCCAUGCGUAAAAUUUCUCGAUUAUUGAAUAAUGGUGUCAUUAUGGAUGUGAACAAGUUAGCUCAAUGUAUUCGUGAGAAUAUAGGAGAUGUUACAUUUGAAGAGGCUUACAAGAUUAGUGGUCGAGUAUUGAAUAUUACUGUGAGUGGACAAUCUGCUGGAUAUCAAACUCAUGAAGGUUUAUUGAAUUAUUUAACUGCACCCAAUGUAUUGAUUUGGAGUGCUGCAGUGGCAAGUUGUUCAUUACCAAUGCUCUACAAGGCAGUUCCUUUAAUGGCCAAAGAUCGAGAUGGUAAUAUUGUACCAUAUCAUAACUUUGCCAAUCAAAAAUAUCAAGAUGGUACUCUCUUUUAUGAUUUACCAAUUACUCGUUUAGCAGAAUUAUUUAAUGUGAAUUUCUAUAUUGCUUCUCAAGUGAAUCCUCAUGUACUUCCAUUUAUAUCAAAUUCAAGAAAACAAAAGAAUUCACUCCUAUCCAAUAUCAUUUCACUCAUAGGUUCAGAAAUCAAAUAUAGAAUUGAACAAUUAUAUUCUCUAUCAUUAAUACCUGAGAGAUUUCGAUGGUUUGAAUUGGUUAUUUCUCAAUCGUAUGAAGCUCAUGUCACCAUUGUACCUUGUGAUUUGAAUUUUGAAAAUAUGAAAAAGAUUUUAAGUAAUCCAACUUUUGAAUACAUCAAACAAGCCAUUCAUCAAGGAAUGAGAAGAACAUUUCCUCAUAUGAAUCGAAUUGAGAACAUGUUAAAGAUUGAAUUGACAUUGGAUUCAUGUUUGAAACAAGUGAGAAGUCAAUUGUUUAAAUCCUCUCCUCAAUUUGCUAUUCAAAUGUCCAAAUCAUCUUCACUCUUUAAUUUGGAAGAAGAGGAUGUCAUUGAUCAUGAAAUUGUUGAAAGAGAACAACAACAACAACAUUCCAUGAGAGGUGGUGGUGGUGGUGGUGGUGGUGCUGGUAUUACUGGUGGUCAUACGAUUAAUACCAUGAAUCAUCAUCAUUCCCAUCAUCCUCCUCAUCAUCAACACCACCACAACAGCUCUUCUUCAACUUCUCACCACCACCAUCAACACUCUCCUCACCAUCAUUACAACAACUCUUCAUCCAAUCAUUCUCAACAACAACAACACAAUUCUUCAACAAACUCUCUUCUUUCACUCAUGGAUGAAUUACCUGAUCGUUCUUCCACAACUACUGCCACUACGAUCCAUAACCAUAGUGAUGAUGAUGAUGAUAGUACUUGUCAUGAUUCACCUUCAUCACCAAGAAUGAGACCUCGUUCCUCUUUCAUCUCCAAUGAAAUGACAGAAAUGACUGUAAAUACUUCAACAAGAAGAAAACAGAAGGGAGGAGGAGAUCAGCAACAUUUAACGAUUGUAAAUCCAUAUUCUUCCAAUACAAAGGAUCAAAAGUAA